AUGCAUUUGCUAUUAUUUCAUUACCUACAGUCGCUCGUUAACUUGGUGAUAUUUCUGGAUCUCCUGUUCAUACAGAAUGUCAACGCUCUUGCAAGUGCAGACACCAUCACUUGGGGCGGCUCCAACGACAGAAGCGGCUAUCAGAACAACCACAACAUGGAUCCCACAGUGGUUGGAAGCGCUCAGUUCGGUCUACUAUUCAAGACCAAACUUCCCGGGACUUAUUCGAUCAACGGACAAAAUGUACCCGAGCAGAUAUUUUCCCAACCCUUGGUUUAUACUGGCUCAGACGGUGUUCAAUACCUCUAUGUUGCAACCACACAGAACAAUCUGUACAAGAUCGUGGCAAAAACCGGUGUCAUUGUGGCCUCGCGGAAUAUACAUCGACCUUUCCUUGAUACGUGGUACUUGACCUCCAAGACUUACAUUGAUCAAAGUCUGAAUGGUGCUACUGGUCGUCCAAAUGGUCGAUACUACAUCCACGCCAUCAGUACAGUGGACCUAUCUGAAAGACCGAAAUUUCCCGUCAACCUGGAAGGCGUUGUAGCGAGAAAUAACCCCCAGCGAUCAUUCAAUGGCGGCAUCCACCAUCAACGUCCGGCUUUGCUCCAUACUGGCAAUUUUGUCUACGCCGGCUUUGCUAGUCAUUGCGUUCAAUGGAAUUUCACUGGCUGGAUCGUGGGCUGGGACAAAGGCACUGGCCAGCUCGUGGAACGGUUCGCCACAGAAGGCGCCGGUGUCGGUCCGGCCACUCCUGGUGCGGGCGUGUGGAUGUCAGGUGGCGGUCUUGCAACCGAUGGCAAGGGCUCCAUGUUCUUUGCUACCGGAAAUGGGUAUGCUUCCCAGCUCAACGGGAUUCCGGUCAACGGAAGAAACCCGCCUACAUAUCUGGAAGAAGCGGCUGUGCAUAUGGCAAUCAACGAUGAUGGUUCUCUGACUGUUGUGGACUUUUUCAUGCCAUCUCGGAACAUCGCCCUUGGAAUUACUCCAAGUCAAUUCUCCUGUGGUGACAUCAAGCGAAUGGGUGUUGUCACCGGCAAGAGUGGCAAGACUUAUUGGCUCAACCUGGACAAUCUUGGAGGCUAUCAAAAUGGCCCCAACAAGCUCGACAAUGUGAUACAGGUCUACCAGAAUGAGAACUCUGUUUAUGCCGGGGCGGGUGUAUACCCACUGGAAGAAGUUUACAUCUACAUCAACGUCAUUCAGUACCAAACCCACGUCUUUAAAUUCCCUUGCAACAACGGCGUUCCAUAUUUCAACAAAAUGACGUCGCUAAACGACCAACCCGGGAGUGGUUUGGUGUGGACGUCGGACGUGGAAGGCUCAAAUCUACGAAUUUACAACGCCGUCCCAAGCAACGGCGUUCUGCAAGAGAUCAAUUCGUUUGUUACUCCAGGGACAACAAAAUUCACCAGACCUGUGUUCGGAGAUGGCAUUGUAUAUCAAGGGACCACUGUGGGAUACAUUUAUGCAUACGGAGCACCUGUCAAUCUACCCUUGAACUGUACAACUCUUCAAUUCGGCACCGUCAAUCUCAAUGCAACAACUGCUCCCAUGAGCGUGAAAUGUACAGCCAACACUGCAGUCACGGUGACUGGGGCAGGACUCUGGGGGAAUCCCAACUUUGCCACCUUUACUCCACAGACCGUGGGACCUUUGUCGUCGUCUGUCAUCCUCAACACUACGCAGCAGGCAGCCGGAUUCAGCAUAAACACUCCUGUGCAAUUGAAGGGCACCGGCCAGAGCCAAGCUCCUUUACUGAUGGUCACUUCGAACACUGUCAGCUGGAAUGGUGUUAUCACUGGUCAACAGGUGGGCGGUGUUAAUCAAUCUGUCAUCAUCAACAACCUCGGAAAUAGCGUCCUCAGCAUCACCAACAUCUUGUACUCUGUGGUCGGCGAGACCGGACCUUGGAUCACGCCAAAUGGCACGCAAGCAGCAACGGUCGUCUCGGCAUUCACGUUCUAUAACAUGCCGCUCUCGGUGGGACCGAACAGUGCCGUGACCGUCCCAAUCAACUUCAAUCCGCCCUCCAGCGGCAACUACGGUGUGUUCGUCCAAAUCGUGUCGAACGGAGGAACCAAGGUCUUCGAUGUUCUUGCAACAUGUUCCGAUGAGCCGAAAGCUGUUCUGGAGUUUCAAACUCCCAGUGGAGCAUGGGUACCUUACAACAGCACCACAGCAUUUACGUUUGGAAAUGUGACCGAGAACACGAGCCAGUAUUUGAAGAUGCCACUGACUAACAACGGCUCAGCGAAUGCAGCAGCCUUGUCUGUCACCGUCAGAAAACCUCCUUUUGCCAUCGCAGGAAGUAUAAUCGGCGCCAGCAAUCAAGUCGACCUUGCCGAUGGCACACUGGUGUAUGCUGGACAGAAUCUUACUGCCACUCUUUUCUGUUCGGUACCCAAGAGCCAGAUCAAUGUCGACCCCUACGUUGGGACUGCGCAGUGGACCAUGAACCUCAACGACCCCAGCUUUGGGAAACAAUACAUCCAAUUCGUCUGCAAUGCAGUAUCUGAACAAGCACCACCCUUGAAUCCUAUUACACAACAAGGGGUCUACCGAUAUGCUGGCUGCUUUACAGAGAACAACCCAGGUCGACAACUUCAGACAACUAUCUACAGUGGCCCUCUCAACACCAACGAGCAAUGCAUUGCCAAGUGUGCCGCUGCAGGAUAUAUUUUUGCCGGCACUCAGUAUAACCAAGAAUGUUGGUGUGGCUAUAAUCGUCCCAAGACCAUCAACGAUGACGCCAACUGCGACUUUCCAUGUACCGGUAAUAUCAAUGAAAUAUGUGGAGGAAAUGGCAUCUCUGGCACCGGUUCCUUCAUCUCGCUCUUCGGCGACAUCACUCGUUGGAACGGCAACAGUACUGACAUCCCCGGACCGUAUGUCAAUCCUGGCACUCUUGGAUUCCAGGCCCUGGGCUGCUACACUGAAGGAUCCCAAUCCCGCGCACUCAACGUCCCGAUCAACUCCAAUACCACUGUGGCCGGCUGUCUUCAAGCAUGUCAAGGGUAUUUGUACUCUGGCGUGGAGUAUGGCGGCCAAUGUUUCUGUGGCAAUACUUUGUCGACUGGUGCUGUCAGCACUCGAGCCUCGGAUUGCAGCAUGACAUGCAACAACAAUCAAACAGAGUAUUGUGGAGGCCCAAGCCGUCUCAACAUGUACAUGUACGGCAACGGCAGUCUUCCCAGCUCGACACCCACGUCUCCUCCUCCUCCGCCACCCGGCAACCAGAAUCCCACUCUUCCUGGCCCAACGGGCCCGGCAGCUCCACCCACCAUUGGCAACUUCAGCUAUGUCUCCUGCUACACAGAGGCCACCACCGGUCGGGCACUAGCCAGCUUUGCUUUGGCCGACGAUAGCAUCAGUCUCCAAACCUGUGCUAACAAUUGCACGCAGUACAAAUACUUCGGGGUCGAAUAUGGUCGCGAAUGUUAUUGUGGCAAUGCCCUUGGUCUAGGUAGUGCUCCAGCUACCGAUGGACGCUGCAACAUGGCAUGUUCAGGCAACUCGAGCCUUGCAUGCGGUGGCCCGAACGGACUGACAUUGUACAUGAACCCAAACUGGACUUCCACUACGCCACCGCCGACUCCUACACCGUCUGGACCGCUCGUGGUUCCCACUGUUGGCAGUUUCCAGUAUCUCGACUGCCAUACCGAAGCGACGAAUGGCCGCGCUCUGGCCGGAAAGGCGGUGGCUUCCAACGACAUGACUCUACAAUACUGUGCGGGAAACUGUACUGGUCCCACAUACUUUGGUGUGGAAUAUGGUCGUGAAUGCUAUUGCGGCAACACUCUCGCUGUCGGAUCUGUGACUGCCACAGACGGCCGCUGCUCCAUGACAUGUGCUGGAAAUUCAUCAACCAUCUGUGGUGGACCGAACGGAUUGACCAUGUACCAGUUCAUUGUGCAGUCAAGCUCGAGUUUGAGCAGUUCUACACAGAAGUCUACUAGAACCACGACAAGCUCUGGUACGCAAUUGAUUUCGACUUCAACCUUGCCAUCAACCUCGCCAUCAACCUCGCCAUCGAUAUCGACAUCGACUUCGAGGAUCGUAAAUACCCUUCAAUCCUCGACGUCUUUGUCGUCGACCUCUUCCACCUCGUCAAUCUCCAGCAUGACUACUGUCAUUUCUGCUUCUACCUCUAUCACCACCAGCUCGAUCCAAACCACUACAAAAGCUUCUUCUUGGUCAACGUCAAUCUUGUUAUCACCGAGCACUGUUUCCAGUGUUUCCACCUUGACGACAUCCCAUUCCACGACAAGGUCUACCUCCUCCUCCUCCUCCUCCUCCUCCUCAGCCUCAGCCUCAGCCUCAGCCUCAUCCACUUCAACUUCGACUUCGUCAUCUUCAUCCGCAUCAGCAUCAUCAAACCCCUACUAUCCAAACAUGUACCUCGGCUGUGCGGCCGAACCGUCCACCGGCCGCCUUUUAUCGUCUUCCUCCAUGACCAACUCCUCAAUGACCAUCUCAACAUGCCUCACGUUCUGCUCGUCGCAGUCCCUCCCCAUCACAGGGCUCGAAUACGGCCGAGAAUGCUACUGCGCGUCCACACUGCCCGUCGACACUCUCCUCACUGCAUCAGGAUGUACUAUGGCUUGUGGUGGUGGUGGUUCUGUGGACACCGGCUCACAACCACAGUCAAGCUCCGGGCCCGAAAUCUGCGGCGGUCGCUCCCGGCUCAGCAUCUACAACAACACCGCCAUCUCCGCUCCGUCCGCGAAACUGGUGGUCACAGAUUAG